AACGGUAGACUUGACAACUUAUUGGAGAACAUCAGAGAGUUACCGAUUUCGACGUGAUGCUGGCUGCACUCACCUUCCCAGUAACACAAUCUUCGCAAUGGUAGCGGACCUGGAGCGUAGAAACUAUGGAGCGCUUGGCCUUGAAAUCGAGUUCCACCAGGUAGCGGGCCUGGUGCGUAGAAACCACGGAGCACUUGUUCUGGAACUCCAGUUGCACCAGGAAGCGGACCCGGAGCGCAGGAACCACGGAGAACACAUCGGACGAGCAGGGGGACGAACAGAACGAAGGUGGUCGGAGAUGGUUGGAGAUGUUCGGAAAUGGCAGGAGGUGGUAGGCUCCGGUAGGAGGUGGUAGGGGGUGGUAGCAGGCCGUCGGCGAUGGCAGGAGGUGGCAGGGGAUGGCAGGCUGUCGUAGGGGGUGGUAGUGCUGGAAAAUCUGCGCCACCAUGUUGAAUUUCAACUCUGUAGUUAAUGUGCGGAAACUGGCACACCAUCCCUUCAUUAUCUUUGAAUGAGGAUGAUAGCAGAUAAUAGCCACUACGGUCGAAAAAGAAUAUGCUUAAACUCUCAAAAUCGCCGCCAAAAUCCUUGUCAACAACUGAAGUAACAGUCAUUGACCGAUAUUCAUUCAACGUGACGGUCAACGAAUGUGUCAGUCUACAAAAGAAUAAGUGCUUUAAUUAUUAAAUGCACUUUUUAGUUAUUAAUAUUUUGCGAAAUUAUUACUACGUCCGCUUCAGUAAACGCCUUAUCGUGCGAAUAUCUCAACCCAAAUAAAUAAUGAAACCAAAUUUAAGUUUGAAUAAACGUAACAAUCAUGUUCUCGUAACAUUUGUGAUAUGUGCAUCUUCAGCCAACGCCAAAUCACAGUGGAGCCAUUGCAUGGAGUGAAAAAAGUUGAUCUUUUCCUUCAACAACAUGAAUAUACAUCGGCGGGAUAUUUUAUUAGUGCGCAUUGACUAAAGAACAUACUUCAAUCAAUAUCAUACGUUUAGUUACACGGAAAUUCGCUCUCGCCAGUUUUUUGAGUAUAUUCGAUAGUCGAUUAACAUUCGAGAGUUGUGAGCCGCGAUUCACCAUGAGUGGUAGCCGGUGGGGAUAGUGGAAAAGAAUAGGAUCGUUGCGCAGGGUGUACUUGCUUUGGGCUGUUGCUUGGAUAAUUUCAAUAAAUUUUAGUUAAUCUUUAUGAGUGAUACAGUAUAAUUCUAGUUACAAAAAUGAGCGGCAAACAAGGACGUGAGCUAGCUCUGUCAAUGCUCCGAGUACUGCCCCGCGUAACUUUGGCGAACAUCCGAGAUAAUCCCGGCUCGAGACAAACUAAAAAAAGAGGCAGAGCUCAGCAUGGAGGUGAUUAUCAUGGAGCUGGAAAUAAGGGAUCAGGUCAAAGGCAAAACUACAUGCGACCUGGUUACGAAACUGGAAAUAAUCCAUUUUACUUGAGAUUCGGUUAUGAGCCAUAUUACAAAGGGCAUCACCUGCGGAGACAGUACCCACCUCUGUCUUUAUCCAAACUUCAACAGUUCAUAGAUACUAACAGAAUAGAUGCUUCGAAACCUAUAGAUCUCGCAGCUCUACUGAAUACUGGACUUUAUCAUAUAACGCCACACAUGAAACAUGCAGGAGUUCACCUCACUGAUGAGGGGGCCGAUGAGUUUCAAGGAAAAGUUAAUAUAGAAGUUCAGUGGGCAUCAGAGCCUGUAAUCGCUGCCAUUGAAAGAAAUGGAGGAGUGAUUACAACAACCUACUAUGAUCAACAGAGUUUGCAUGCUGUAUUGAAUCCCAGAAAAUUUUUCGAGAAAGGUGAGGCAAUUCCAAGAAGAAUGUUGCCCCCCAUGGAUUGCUUAGAAUAUUAUUCAAGUGCAGAAACGCGUGGAUAUUUAGCAGACCCAGAAAAAGUAUGUCAUGAGCGCUUGGUACUAGCGCAAAAGUAUGGCUAUAAUCUUCCAAAAAUUGAGGAAGAUCCUCAAUAUGAAAUGCUGUCUGAACGUAAAGACCCUCGUCAAAUAUUCUACGGACUCGAGCCAGGUUGGGUCGUCGUUCUCAAGGACAAGGCAAUCUUGAAACCGAAAGCCGAUUAUUUGAAAGAAUUUUACCAAAAUUAAUAACCCGUGUAUUUAUAGUUCCUUAAUAAAAAUAUAUACAGUAGAA